AGCUCCUGAUUCGACACUAUGACAACCAGCUGCACCACCCUGGAGCAGAGCAUGUAUUUGUGGAACUGCAUAGGAAGUACUGGCUACUGAGAGGUAGAGAGGCGGUUAAGAAGCAUCAGCAUAACCGUGUGGACUGCAGGAAAUGGAGAAGCAGUCCCCAAGUUCCAAGAAUGGCCGAUUUACCCCCUUCCAGUUUGCGGCUCUUCCGGCCAGCUUUCUAUUCAAAGGGCGUCAACUGUUUCGGCCCCAUGCUUGUUAAGGCAGGCCGACGCACUAGAAGAGAUGGGGCAUUCUGUACAAGUGUCUUAAUACGCGAGCCAUCCAUCUAGACCUCCUACCAAACAUGGAUACUGACUCUUUCCUCAUGUCACUCAGACGCUUCAUAGCUCGCCGAGGAAAGCCUCAUGAGAUCCUCUCAGACCAGGGCACCAAUUUCCGAGGAGGAAGCAAGGAGCUACACGAAUCUUUCAGUGCCCUGGAACCUGCUGUUAAAGAUCAGCUCGCGGCUCAACAGAUCCGUUUCCAGUUCAACCCCCCCAACGCUCCCCAUUUUGGUGGAUCCUGGGAAAGAGAAGUGAGAUCGGUGAAGAAUGCCCUCCGCACCACCUUAGGAGCUCAGCCAGUACCAGAGGAGGUAUUGAGAACAGUCCUCAUCGAGGUAGAGAGCAUUCUCAAUUCUAGACCCCUAGGCUAUGUCUCCUCCGACCUCGCUGAUCCAGACCCAGUCACGCCUAACUACUUGUUGACGGGGCGGCCAGACUCCUCCUUGCCACCAGUGGUCUACCCUGAGUCUGAACUGAUUGGUCGAAAGAGGUGGCGUCAUUCCCAAGUUAUAGCUGACCACUUCUGGAGGCAUUACAUUCACCACUUCUUGCCCACCUUACAAGCCCGGCAGAAAUGGCAGACCGAGAAGGAUGACAUCACUGCCGGCACGGUAGUGCUUAUCGUCGAUCAGCAAGCACCGAGAGCUCUCUGGCAAGUAGGGACCGUGACGAGCGUCAUACCUGGAGCAGACGGACGUGUGAGGACAGCAGUGGUUUAAGUAAAGGACAGAACCUACACUCGCCCAGUCGUUCGUCUCAUCAAGCUACCAGCCCUGCCUCAGGACAGUACAGAUACCUAACAGUCAAAUUUACAUACCAAAUUUGGGGGCGGCUGUACAAAGGACUGUACUGUUUUACCUGGUAUAUUUAGUUUAUUGUGUUCACAUGUAGUUCUUACGUUCCACCACUAGGCGGCUGACCCAGCUGUAGUAAUAUAUCACAUCCGGCAGGCAGCGUGGCUCAGAGAGGUUCGGCAUCACGUUGCUAUUGUUUGAGCUGUGUCAGUGAUAGUGUGCGUCUAUCAGAAAAAACCACACACAUGCACCACUGUUCACAUGCAUCUCCCACUCAUCAAUAAAGACUGUUCAACGCUGAAUCCUGGACCUGGUCAUUCCAUCCUUCCAUCUCACCUCACCCGAACAUAAUAAUUGUUGUCCUAAACUGACACCCUGCA